UUCGGGUUUCUCGGUGAACACACAGCCUAAAGCUUUUUGUUGCUUUCUGCUUAAUGGAAGGUCCCUGAGCUUUUCUCUUCUCUCUCUCUCUUUCUUGCUUCUGCGUUUCAAUCUCUACGUUUCGUGCAUUUUUUUCGUUACAGAAUUUCAACUGUCUGAUCCACAUAAAAGCUCAGAUUUUACCGGUUGAAAAAGUUGAGAGUCCGAUGUCUCCUCCCCUGUUGAGUGCUGAGGAGGAAGGGGGGCAGAGCAAUGUCUCUCUGGUGUCUUCUUCACCCACUAUGGACUGUAUAUCCCAAAGUGGCUCUGGGUUAAAAGAACGUAAUUACCUGGGACUUUCGGAUUGUUCUUCCGUAGACAGCUCUGCAGUCUCGAGCUUGUUGGAAGAGAAAAAGAACAAUCUUAACUUGAGGGCAACAGAGUUGAGGCUUGGCCUUCCUGGAUCCCAAUCACCAGAACGAGAGUCAGAGCUCUGCUUGCUGAAAUCAGGGAAACUUGAUGAGAAACCGCUAUUUCCUUUACUUCCUUCAAAAGAGGGAAUCUACUCGUCAUCACAGAAGAAUGUUGUUUCAGGUAACAAGAGAGGUUUCUCUGAUACCAUGGAUGGGUUUUCAGAGGUGAAAAGCUCCGUGUAUACUGAAGGAAAUUGGAUGUUUCAGACGGCAUCUGAUUCUGAAGCUCCACAGUCUGUGGGGCAAGGGAAGUUUUCUGGUAAUUCAGGGAUGAAUGUUGCGCUAUCGCCCAGGUCUUCUGGGGCUCAGCCAGCCAUAAUGAAAGAGCUGCCCACAAAGGUGUUGCAGCAGGAACGUCCUCGUGGCACCAAUGGUACUAGCCACAACCCUAAGACUGCUUCGAACAACAACAACAGCAGUGCUCCAGCUCCUAAGGCACAGGUUGUUGGUUGGCCUCCAAUCAGAUCAUUUAGGAAGAAUUCAUUGGCUACCACUUCAAAGAACAAUGAUGAAGUUGAUGGGAAACCAGGUCCUGGUGCUCUUUUUGUGAAGGUCAGCAUGGAUGGUGCUCCCUAUCUGAGGAAGGUAGAUCUGAGAACAUACGCUACAUAUCAAGAACUGUCAACUGCUCUGGAGAAGAUGUUCAGCUGUUUCACCUUAGGUCAAUGUGGAUCCCAAGGAGCUCCAGGGAGGGAAAUGCUUAGUGAGAGCAAGUUAAGGGAUCUUCUGCAUGGAUCAGAAUAUGUUCUUACAUACGAGGAUAAAGACGGUGACUGGAUGCUUGUAGGGGAUGUUCCAUGGGAGAUGUUUAUUGACUCUUGCAAGAGACUGAAGAUCAUGAAGGGCUCUGAUGCCAUUGGCUUAGCUCCCAGGGCCAUGGAGAAAUCAAGGAAUAGGAACUAGCUAGUCUCUGAAACUCUUGACUGCUUUGUGGCUGCCGAGUUCAAGUGUGAAAUUCAAGCGGGUGAGGAAGGUGGACGAAACAGUUCUAUAUCAAGGAAUGAAAAACGAUAGGAUGGCCUGGGCUUGAUCGUAGGUCAUGGUCAGAUGCACAUCUUGUUUUUAGAGUAUCUAUGUUUUGAUUGCCUCAAAAAGUUUGCCUCUGUGUGUCGAAGUCUGAUUAUUAAAACCUCGUAAAGCUAUUAUAAAUUAGUAUCGUGGAGUUAAUAUCAUAAUCCUUACAAAAACCUGGUUGUUUGAGGUGGCUCUGUAUUUGAUGAAUCCGUCUAUGGUUAAAGAACACUUGGAUC